UGGGAACCAGUGACCGCUCGUUUCCUUCAGGCUGUGUUCUCUUCCUGACGGGAAAGGAGCGCGCACUGGGGUGGCUGCUCGCCUCCGGACCUCGGGCGGCCGCGGGAGCGGGUGCCGGGGCGCUCCGGGAACGGCGCCGGGCUGGGAACACCGAUCCUCCUCGCUGCACCAUGACAGAGGAAAGCAAAGGGGAAGGCAAGGGGGAAAGCGGGAAGGACUUGGAGAAACAGCUUCGUUUACGCGUGUGCGUCCUCAACGAGCUGCUCAAGACCGAGCGGGACUACGUGGGCACCCUGGAGUUCCUGGUGUCGGCUUUUCUUCACCGAAUGAUCCAACGUGCUACUGCCAAAGAGGAUAAAAAUGUCACAGAAGAGACAGUUAAGAUGUUGUUUUCAAAUAUUGAAGAUAUUCUUGCAGUUCACAAAAACUUCCUGUCCCUGGUGGAGGAGUGUUUACAACCAGAACCUAAUGCACAGCAUGAAGUUGGAACCUGCUUUCUGAAUUAUAAAGAGAAAUUCCGUAUCUAUGAUGAAUACUGUAGUAACCACGAGAAGGCACAGAAAGUUCUGCUUGACCUGAACAAAAUAAGAACAGUGCGGACUUUUCUUUUGAAUUGCAUGCUCCUUGGAGGACGCAAGAACACAGAUGUACCGUUGGAGGGAUAUCUAGUAACACCAAUACAGAGAAUAUGCAAGUAUCCCCUUCUUUUGAAGGAAUUACUGAAACGGACUCCAAGGAAGCACAGUGACUAUGCGGCCCUAAUGGAAGCCCUCCAGGCCAUGAAGGCUGUCUGUUCCAACAUAAACGAAGCCAAAAGACAAAUGGAAAAAUUAGAGUUUUUGGAAGAAUGGCAGUCUCAUGUUGAAGGAUGGGAGGGAUCUAACAUUACAGACACGUGCACAGAAAUGCUGCGAAGUGGACUACUACUCAAAAUUUCAGCAGGAAAUAUCCAAGAGAGGAUAUUUUUUCUCUUUGAUAACCUCUUGGUCUACUGCAAAAAAAAGCACAGGCGAUUGAAGAACAGCAAAACAUCUGCAGAUGGCCAUCGUUACCUGUUUCGGGGCAGAAUAAACACAGAAGUGAUGGAAGUAGAGAAUGUAGAUGAUGGAACAGCUGACUACCACAGCAGUGGCCACACUGUUAUUAAUGGCUGGAAGAUCCACAACACGGCAAAGAAUAAGUGGUUUGUAUGCAUGGCAAAAACCCCUGAAGAGAAGCAAGAAUGGCUGGAAGCAAUUUUGAAAGAGCGAGAGAGGAGAAAAGGUUUAAAAUUGGGCAUGGAACAGGACACUUGGGUGAUGAUCUCUGAGCAAGGAGAAAGACUGUACAAAAUGAUGUGCAAACAAGGGAAUCUCAUCAAAGACAGGAAGAGGAAAUUAACCACUUUCCCCAAAUGCUUUCUUGGAAGUGAAUUUGUGUCCUGGCUGUUGGAAAUUGGAGAGAUACACAAAUCUGAAGAAGGUGUUCAUCUUGGCCAAGCUUUAUUAGAGAAUGGCAUUAUUCAUCAUGUUACAGAUAAGCACCAAUUCAAACCUGAACACAUGCUGUAUAGAUUUCGAUAUGAUGAUGGAACAUACUACCCCAGAAAUGAGAUGCAGGAUGUGAUCUCCAAGGGUGUACGACUGUACUGUCGCCUUCACAGUCUGUUUACCCCAGUAAUUAGGGAUAAAGAUUAUCACUUGAGAACCUACAAAUCUGUGGUUAUGGCUAACAAAUUCAUAGAUUGGUUGAUUGCACAGGGGGAUUGCCGGACGAGGGAGGAAGCUAUGAUAUUUGGUGUAGCUCUUUGUGAUAAUGGGUUUAUGCACCAUGUCUUAGAAAAAAGUGAAUUUAAGGAUGAACCACUGCUGUUCCGUUUUUAUGCGGAUGAAGAAAUGGAAGGAUCAAAUAUGAAGCACAGACUCAUGAAACAUGAUCUGAAAGUAGUGGAAAAUGUCAUAGCCAAGUCAUUACUGAUUAAAUCUAAUGAAGGCACUUAUGGUUUUGGUUUAGAAGAUAAAAAUAAGGUGCCAAUUAUUAAAGUGGUGGAGAAAGGAUCAAAUGCUGAGAUGGCAGGCUUGGAAGUUGGGAAGAAAAUCUUUGCCAUUAAUGGUGACCUGGUUUUUCUGCGACCCUUCAGUGAAGUGGAUUGCUUCCUGAAAGCCUGUUUAAACAGCAGAAAGCCCCUGCGGGUUCUUGUGAGCACUAAACCACGGGAGACAGUGAAGAUUCCUGACUCUGCAGAUGGACUUGGAUUCCAAAUCCGGGGCUUUGGCCCAUCAGUUGUCCAUGCUGUUGGGAGAGGAACGGUGGCAGCUGCGGCAGGUCUCCAUCCUGGCCAGUGCAUAAUCAAAGUGAAUGGAAUUAAUGUCAGCAAAGAGACUCAUGCAAGUGUUAUUGCUCAUGUCACAGCGUGCAGGAAGUACAGGCGGCCAAUGCAGCAAGAUUCUAUACAGUGGGUUUACAACAGCAUUGAAAGUGCACAGGAGGAUCUUCAGAAAACAAACACCAAACCCUCUGGAGAUGAUGGAGGUGAUGCCUUUGACUGCAAAGUGGAAGAGGUAAUUGACAAAUUUAACACUAUGGCAAUAAUUGAUGGGAAGAAAGAUCAUGUCAGUCUGACUGUUGACAAUGUUCACCUGGAGUAUGGAGUGGUUUAUGAGUAUGACAGCACAGCUGGAAUAAAGUGCCACGUCUUGGAAAAAAUGAUUGAACCAAAGGGAUUUUUUAGCUUGACUGCAAAGAUUCUUGAAGCACUGGCAAAAAGUGAUGAACAUUUUGUGCAGAAUUGCAACAGCCUCAAUUCCUUAAAUGAAGUGAUCCCCACCGAGCUUCAAAGUAAAUUCAGUGUCAUUUGCAGUGAGAAAAUUGAGCAUAUUUACAGAAGAAUCUCUAGUUAUAAAAAGUUUUCAAGAGUAUUAAAAAACAGAGCUUGGCCUACCUUCAAACAAGCUAAGUCAAAGAUUUCACCACUUCACAGCAGUGAUUUCUGUCCAACCAAUUGCCAUAUCAAUGUGAUGGAAGUGUCUUACCCUAAGACCUCAACUUCCCUUGGUAGUGCCUUUGGUGUACAGUUAGACAGCAGAAAACAUUCUUCCCAUGAAAAGGAAAAUAAAAACACUGAUCAAGGUAAACUGAAUCCCAUGAUUUAUGUCCAGCAUACCAUUACUACUAUGGCUGCCCCUUCAGGACAGUCUCUUGGCCAGCAAGAGGGCCACGGUCUGAGGUACCUCUUAAAAGAAGAAGAUUUGGAAACACAAGAUGUCUAUCAAAAAUUGCUAUUCAAAUUACAAGCUGCACUGAAAGAGGUGGAAACAUGUGUCUGUCAAAUAGAUGACCUUCUUUCUUCGAUAACAUAUUCUCCCAAAUCAGAACGUAAAACGCCUGAGCCCUUAAUACCAGCAGACAGUGAUAAUGAAAAGGGUGAAAGGAACGGAAAAAAAGUCUGUUUCAGUGUGACAGGUGAUGAACAGGAAGAUUCUGGUCAUGAUACCAUCAGUAACAGGGAUUCUUACAGCGAUUGCAACAGCAAUAGGAACUCCAUUGCCUCUUUCACCAGCAUUUGUAGCAGUCAGUGCAGUUCUUAUUUUCACAGUGAUGAAAUGGAUUCAGGCGAUGAGCUUCCCAUAAGUGUUCGAAUCUCCCAUGAUAAACAGGACAAGCUCCAUAGCUGCUUGGAGCAUCUUUUUGGUCAAGUUGAUUCAAUUGUAAGUCUUCUGAAAGGACCAGCUGUGAUGAGGGCCUUUGAACAGACAAAAUACUUUACACCAGGUCGAGGCCUCCAAGAGUUUCAGCAGGAAAUGGAACCAAAGCUUAACUGUCCAAAGAGGCUACGACUCCACAUCAAGCAAGACCCUUGGAACCUUCCCAGCAGCGUCCGGAGUCUUGCCCAGAAUAUCAGAAAAUUUGUUGAAGAGGUGAAGGCACGAAUACUCUUGGCACUUCUUGAGUAUACAGAUAGCGAGAUACAACUGAGGCGAGACAUGGUCUUCUGUCAGAGCCUAGUGGCCACAGUCUGUGCAUUUUCAGAGCAGCUAAUGGUGGCCUUAAAUCAGAUGUUUGACAACAACAAAGAAUAUGAAAUGGAGACGCUGGAGGCCAGCAGAAGGUGGUUGGAACAGAUAGCCAGUGCAGGUCUUCUCCUUCAUUUUCAGUCCCUGCUCUCGCCAAACCUGGCUGAUGAGCAAGCCAUGCUAGAAGAUACAUUGGUUGCAUUGUUUGACUUGGAAAAAGUUACUUUUUACUUCAGACAAUCAGAACCAGAACCAUUAUUUGCGAAUGUACCAAUCACGUACCAAGCAGAAGGAAGCCGGCAAACGCUGAAGGUUUACUUCUACCUUGAUAGUUACCAUUUUGAACAGCUUCCCCAAAGGCUGAAGAAUGGAGGGGGAUUUAAAAUCCAUCCAGUACUUUUUUCACAAGCACUGGAGAGCAUGGAAGGAUACUAUUACAGAGACAGUGUCUCAGUAGAAGAAUUUCAAGCUCAGAUUAAUGCAGCCUCACUAGAAAAAGUCAAGCAGUAUAACCAGAAACUACGGGCAUUCUACCUGGACAAGUCAAACUUGCCUCCAAAUUCAACAUCUAAAGCAGCAUAUAUAGAUAAGCUGAUGAGGCCUCUCAAUUGCUUGGAUGAACUUUACCGACUCAUAGGGUCCUUUAUCCGAUCCAAGCGCACCGCCGCCUGCGCAUACACUGCGUGCAGUGCUUCUGGAGUGGGAUUGCUUUCCGUGUCAUCUGAACUCUGUAGCAGGCUUGGAGCUUGUCACAUCAUUAUGUGCAACAGUGGAGUUCACCGCUGCACUCUGAGCGUUACCCUGGAGCAGGCCAUCAUCCUGGCUCGGAGCCAUGGGCUACCUCCUCGCUACAUCAUGCAAGCUACAGAUGUCAUGCGCAAACAGGGUGCAAGAGUACAAAACACAGCCAAGAAUUUAGGAGUGAGGGAUCGAACGCCACAGUCUGUGCCAAGAUUAUACAAGCUAUGCCAGCCACCACCAGCUGUUGGAGAAGAAUGA